AUGAAACAAACAGCAACGUACGACCUCGAACAAAUCCACUCCAUCAUCAACACCAGCACCGUCGUCCACGUCUCGUUCAAUACGCCCGACCCGUCGAAUCCGUUCCCGGUCACAUUGCCCAUGGUCGGGGUGGCGGCGAGCUUCGAACACCCGUCGGCGUCGCUGGGUGAACCGCUCGACAUCUACCUGCACGGCUACGUCAGUUCGCGGCUGAUGAACCUGUCGCGCAAUACCGCCCAAGCCGCGCCGGAUUCGACUUCCCCUCCUGCAUCCACGGCUGGCGGAGAUGGAGGAGGAGAAGGGACGGCGCAAGGCCUGCCCGUGACCAUCUCAGCCACCCUCGUCGACGGCCUCGUUCUGACGCUCACACCCAAUACGCACGACGUCAACUACCGCUCCGCCACCCUCUUCGGGUACGCAAACCUGGUGACGUCGCUCGAGGAGAAGGUCUGGGCCAUGGAGCAAGUCACGAACUCGGUCGUGCGCGACCGCUGGCGCCACACCCGCGUGCCCCCGGACGGCGCCGAGAUGCAGAGCACCAGUAUCCUACGGGUCAAGGUCGUCGGGGGCAGCGGCAAGGUCCGCGUCGGCGGGCCGAGAGACGAGCUGAAGGACUUGAAAAGGGACGAUAUCCGCGACAAGGUCUGGACCGGCGUCAUUCCUGUGUGGGAGUGUUUCGGGGAUCCUAUCGAAUACAGAGGCGUCGUGCAAGGGGAUGGAAAAGAAAACCGUGUCGACAGUGUGCCCGAGCAUGUGAGGGAGUUUGCGAGGGAGAUGAGAGAACAGAACGAGAAGUAUGCGUUGGCGGCCGUAGUGGACACAAGCCAGGAUUGA